CGCCGCGCAAAACAGUUUGUAAUGUACUCUUUAUCCGUUCGGUCGUGUCCGGUGUGUCUCCGCACCUUAGGAAAAAAAACUUUUAUUAUUUUGUUCUGAAAGUCUGCAGCAAAAUUCAAACACCCAAAUGAAACUUGAAUAUUUUGCACCAUUGAAGAAAGGAAGAGAAGCCGUUUGUAGAAAAGCAGUCUCCGUUUUUCCCUGAGUGCAUUUUACACCGUUCAUUGUGUACUUUUUUGUGCGCUGAAGAGAGAUUUUCCUCCCGUCAUCGUCGAGUUUUCCCGUUUUUCUCUGUUUUUCCACACCGUGGUGUGAUGCACACAAAGCGUUUUCCACGCCACACCAGUAAAAGAAGAAAAAAAGUGAUGUAAAAAAAACAAAAUUGACGACGAGUUUUUUCCUUCAUUUUCCUGCAAGAAAAAGAAAAGAGGCAGUCUCGAGGAAAAGCGAUUUUCUUUUGUUCACCGUGAGCGAUAUUCCUUUAUUACUUUUUGAGGCCAUUGGAGGACACACAGCUGAGGAGCAGGAAAAAAAUCGAGCCAGAAUACAAAAAAAGUUGAGAGUGUGAUUCAGCGAGAAAAAAGACCUUCUAACAAUCAACAAGAGUGCGAGAGAAAAAAUGUCCCAGAAAGCUUCAGGAAUAACGCGGAAAAUGGAUUUGGCACGAAAUCAGUACUAAAAAUGCGAAAUCGCAGCUCUGUAUGCAUUUGUAGAGCGGACUAAGGGCUAAUAAGCACUUUAACACGACGUGAACUUCUUUUUGGAGCCCUUGAAAAUGCAUCGUUAGUAAGGAGGAAAAUCCCCUUGUAUGUGUGCCACAAACUUUUGCUCACUGUUUGAAGAAAAGGAAAACCCAUUUUCCGACAUGGAUUAAAUUCGCUGUUUUCGAGGUGCAUCUCUGUGUGAUUUAUCGGUUCGGUUGCUCAAAGGUGGAAAAAUCAGAAAAAUGUAAACAGUUACGAAAAGAACUUCAGUUGAACACCUUUUUUGUUCAGUUUUUGACGCGUUUCGAUCAUCAAAAGUAAAACAAGGAGACACACGGUUCGGACAAAGUUUUUGUGUUCAGUUUUUAAGUGUGAACAAUUUUUGAAGUGAAGACAAAAAUUAACCACUUUCGGAUACUCAAAGAAACACAUUUUGUAAAUAUAACCUACUCAAAAAAAUAUCAAGCAAAAAUAAUCGCUAAGUGUUUGUAACCAACUGUCAAAACUAGUAAACUUUGGCGUCAAAUAUUAUCAGUGUAACUCGUAACGUUUGGAAACACUAACCAAAAUAUCUAGAUUUAGAGGAAAAAAAAUAAAAAUUAAAAAAAAAUCGCAGCAUCAACAUAAUCAACACACAUCUCAAAACCCCCAGACAGACCGGCAAAAGUGUACGUGUGUGUGUGUCCAACGUUUAUGUACAAAACAAUUUCUCGUCUGUAUUAGAAGUGACGACGACGACGACGCGUGUCUGUGUCGUGUGUUGAUGCUGUUGUUAUUGUUGGUUUCGUUGAAAUCUCCCGCGCGCGCGGUGUGAAGAAGAACAACGACGACGGCGAAGGCUCUCUGGACAGAAUAUCGAUUUUCUGUUCGCUUGCAUGGUUUGAACUUUGCCAAGACGACGACGAAACAGCUGAUGAAUUAGGCAGGCCAAGUGCGUAGUCAAGUGCAGCAAGUAAAAAACUAUUGGAGAAGAAAACAACAUUGAAACCUUACUUGAUGAAACCAACCGUCGUCGCAGCUUUGUCGAAAAUGAACCCUCACUAAAUCGACUCGACUGGUGGCUCGUAGCUUGCUUCCCCCGGCCGGUGUUCAGGACUCACUUCAGAAUCUCGCCCUCCCGGCCAUGAGAUCGUUCUAAUAGCAUUUUCAAACUAGAUCUCGUUACACUCUGCAAAAUGGCCAUCAAUUUCUCCGCCUCGUUCGCGGCCUGUCUGGCGGCCGGCCUCAAGGUGCCCCGACAGAUCAUGUACUGCAUCUCGCAGGACACUCCGUACGUGCUGUACAAAGACUCCCAGGAAGCUGCCGAGCGAAUGGCCGGAGGGCAGUGGGGAGGUGGCGGCGGAGAAGUAUAUCCGGCGUUGCAGCAGCAGCAAAAUGCUCACAUCCCGAACCAUAACGGAGCUCAUCAGCAACAGCAGCAACUAGCCCAGCAGCAGCAACAGCAACAAGCUCCGCAACCUCAGCAACAAACUCCCAACAGUCCUCCGAACCAGGAGAGUAGACCCGGACAGCAACCGGGCGAACAAGCCAACGGCCAACUGCACAGUCCUGCCACAAGUCCAUACCCAAGGAACAACAGCAAUAACAACAACAACAACAAUCCUUCUACGACGGAAAUGGAGGAGGGUAUCAUCAAGGCUCAAACCAUGCAACAGCAAAACGUCCACCAGCAACAAAACGGACCACAACAAAUGCAAACAAAUGGUUCUCCACCGCAAAGCAAUGACCACCCGCACCAGCAACAGCAACAACAACAAUCCAACCAAUCUGCUCAACAAAACCAACCCGCUCAAGGAGGUCCCCCUCAACCCGCUGGCCAACAACAACAGCAGCAGCAACAGUGCUUCCCAGAACCACCCCAACCCGAACUGAGUUACUACGCCCAGCGCCACCACGGUCCGCAAGGCGCAAUGUUACCCCCGCCCGGAUUCACCCCGCUGCACCACUAUCUGAACAAGUCCGGCGUGCUGUCGGGAAUGCCCGCCGGCAUGGAGCAAGGUAACCCGCUGGAACAGUACGCCACCAUGCCGGACUUACUUCACGGGAACCAGGUCCACCACGGGAGUUCCGCCGGACCGAACGGACCGCACCACAAAAGCUCCAAGGGCUCGGACCUGCGACUGUUCAAGUGUCUGACCUGCGGGAAGGACUUCAAGCAGAAGAGCACCCUGCUGCAGCACGAACGCAUUCACACCGACUCGCGGCCGUACGGUUGUCCCGCCGUCGAGUGCGGCAAACGGUUCCGCCAGCAGUCCCACCUGACGCAACACUUGCGCAUCCACGCGAACGAAAAACCCUUCGUGUGUCCGUUCUGCCAGCGGGCCUUCCGGCAGCGGGCCAUCCUUAACCAGCACAUCCGAAUUCACUCAGGUGAUAAACCGUUCGGCUGUCCGUAUCCGGAAUGUGGCAAAAAAUUCCGUCAAAAGGCCAUUUUGAAUCAGCACGUGCGCACCCACCAAGACGUUUCUCCGCACCUGAUCUUUAAAAAUGGUCCACACGCCACCCUGUGGCCCCAGGACGUCCCCUACCCACCGGAACAGGAAGGUCAGCCCAAGGACGAGCAAGCGUUCGGCGACGAAGCCACGUCCCAGGGCGGAACGCCCGAAUCACGAGCCUGCUUCUCGCCCGAGGGCAGCCUCCAGUACCCGUCGUACUUCAAAGACUCCAAGGGCGGCGGCGUCAACCACUCGAUCUUCGGCAACAAUCUGCCCUACCUAAACAACAAGCCAUCGGCCAACGGCAAGACCAUGCUACCGGACGUGAUCCAGCACGGUCGGUCCGCCGGCAUGCCGCUGUACGUGCGCUGUCCGAUCUGCCAGAAAGAGUUCAAGCAGAAGAGCACCCUGCUCCAGCACGGUUGCAUCCACAUCGAGUCGCGGCCCUACCCGUGUCCGGAGUGCGGCAAGCGGUUCCGCCAGCAGUCCCACCUGACCCAGCACCUGCGCAUCCACACCAACGAGAAGCCGUUCGGGUGUCCGUACUGUCCGCGGUUCUUCCGGCAGCGGACGAUACUGAACCAGCACAUUCGCAUCCAUACCGGCGAGAAGCCGUACAAAUGUGGCCAGUGUGGCAAGGACUUCCGGCAGAAGGCCAUCCUGGAUCAGCACACGCGGACGCACCAGGUAGGUGACCGUCCGUUCUGCUGCCCAAUGCCCAACUGCCGGCGCCGUUUCGGCACUGAACAGGAAGUCAAGAAGCACAUCGAUAAUCACAUGAACCCGCAUUCGUCGAAAUCCCGGAAAUCGGCCACAAUGGCUGCGGCGUUGAAUAAUAAUAAUAACAACAACAACAAUAAUAAUAAUAACAAUAACCAUAACAACAACAACAACAACAGCGCCCUGGAGCAAAAGGUCUCCCCGAACUUCCUGAUCGACAACAAGCAGAACAAUCUGAUCCAGCGGAUGGCCGGCCCAGUCAAGCACGAGCUGUACUUCCCCCAGUGCUACGGACCGCCCUUCAACCAACCGUUCAUAACGGGUGCGGCGGCCGCCGUCGUAGCAGCAAACCAACAGCCGACGGCCAACGGUGGACCACCUGCCCCUCCGCAGCCGAUUGCGGCCACCGCACCGGGAUCUACCGCGGUGAAUCCCCAGCAGCCCAGCGUGACCUCAGCAGUUCCACCGUCGGUCACAGCGGUCAUAACAGCGCCCGCGCCUCAAGCCGUCGUGGCCCAGUGACAUCCGCUGGAGGGACAGCAAAUGCCGCCAGCUCAGCCGGCUGCGCCGCAAACGCUUCGGCCAGCGACGUCCAUCGGACCACCGGCACUGAUUGCGAUCCAUCAAUAGGUGGUUACGGUUGGAAUCUUUUGGGAAAAAAAGGCAUCUCAAACACACUGCGGUUUCUAUAAGCUAAUGAUAAACCAGUAACGAACCAUAUGGGAAUGAUACAACAGAAAUACUGAUGAGCAAUUACAGUACUAAGAAGUUUGUGCAAAUUUUUCACCUUCCGAUUGAAAGAUUGAAGCAUAUGAUGACAUGAAGCGUGGAAGGAGACGUAAAUUGUGAUAUUCAUUUGAUGACAUACAAAUGUGGUGAUAUUUUGAGUUAAGCGAUUAAAUUUUCAAGUUGGUUAACCAUGCGCCUCCACUAAAUCAUUACGACAUGUAAGUUUUAAUGGUGACGCUUGGUUGAUGGUAAAUGAUUUGUGAUUUAUUCUUGCUUGAAAUUAAUUUUUUGUUCCGUAAUUUCAAAAUUUAAAGGUUUUCCUUAGAAUUUCAAAAUUGCUUGUAUCGUCAUUCGGGGUUACCGGGAACCGUGGUGUAGGGGUAAGCGUGGUUGCUCUCCCAAUCUCACCCCCAGACCCAAUGUCACCCCUGAUGGCAGUACUUUUGCUACCCUGUUCAGAUGAUUUUUUUGUAAAAUUAGAACAUUUCGAGUGUAAAAUUGCAUCUGACUAAAAUUCCCAUAUAAAUUUUGUGAUACGAAAUAUCUGACCGGAACAACUGUUGGUAUGACGAGAUUUAAAACGAAUUUUGUGGAUCUGCAAAGGUCGAAAGUUGAGGCCAUGAAUGCUGCUCAAAAAGGUGUCGAUAGCCCAAUAAAGCCUAAAAUGCACGUGCUACAAGGUGCUACAAGAGCAUCAUGAUCACCACGAACUGAUAGUAAUAAUUUUUGCUUUUGAUUUUUUGUCGAAUUAAAUUUUGACAGAUUUGCGAUUUUUUUAAUAUGAGCAUUCCCGGGCAGACGGUAAUAACAAAAUUCAUGCCAUUUCAAUAACAAAUAUUGUUAAAAUAACAAAAAGUGUUAUGGAAUCUUCUUGAAAAAUCCAUUUUUGCAUAAGGGUUAAAUAACAGUUUAUGUUAUCAUAACAAAAUUUGUUAUUGGUCUGAUAUUGGUUGACAGCCAUAACAACUUUGGAAUAACAUUUUUUGUUAUGUUAUACCUCUAACUCUUAUUGGGAUGAUCGGAUUUGUUGUUAAAAUAACAAAAAAUAAUAACAAAGAUUUGUUUGAAGAAUAACUAAAAAUGUUAUUAGUCUUUUAUUACAAUAACAAUCCAAUAACAAAAAAAUCAUAACGACCAAUAACAAAUCUUGUUAUAAAUAACAUAAAAUGUUAUUAGCCUAGUAUUUUCAAAAAUCAAAAAAGGUAAUUCCCACGUUAUUUCCGUCUGCUCGGGUUUUUUAGUUGAGUCAAUCUCUUAAAAUAUAGAUUGUUACAAAAAACAUCGACAACUCGUUUGAAAGACCUGUCCAAAAAUGUUGCGUGUCCAAAUUCUUAACGAAACUGAAACUUCAAAUUUGGCGAGAUGUGUUAAAGGAACGUUGGGAUAAAAUUAAAUCACCUUUACAACGAUUAACAGUGAGGUGGUGCCGUGCCAGUGAUUUUCAAAUAAACAUUCUGCAUUCGACGUUGAAAUUUCUAUGAAUUUAAUUGAGUAACAUUUAUCAGGACAGUAUGCCAGAGAGUAAAAAAAUGUAAUUGGCUCAUAACACGCUUAAUUGAAACGUGGUUUCAAAAGUGGUAUUCGUCCAAAUUUAAUUAAUUUGGUCUUGAAAAGAUCGAUGAAUUUCACUUAAGUCAGGAUAUCUCAUGACGGUGUUGCCAGAAACCCGGGCAGACGGUAAUAACAAAAUUAAUAAUAUUUCAAUAACAAAUCCUGUUAAAAUAACAAAAAGUGUUAUUAUUUUAUCCUGAAGUUCAACUUCAAGAAGAAAAAAUAAUAACAGUUUCUGAUAAAAUAACAAAAUUUGGUAUUGAAGUGAUAUUAUAUUGAAAAUGUUUAAUAACACGCUAAUAAGAGGAAAUGUUAUACAUUUCAAAAACUCUCCUAAUAACAAAAUUUGUUAUUCGUUCGGUAUACUGACUUAGAAAAAUAAUUACCAUAAAUCGCACAAAUGGAAAAGUUUCUAAGUGUCCAUAACACAAUCUAUUAUUAUUUUUUCUUUUGUUAAAUAUGUUUAGAUCUUUGGGAUAGUUUUG